AUACUAAUGAUACACAACAGAAUACUACCUAUUCAACAACUGAACACAACCUCGAAACAACUAACUACUCUAACACCCAAAACACAAACCUCUAUAUACAAACAGUAUCAGAAGACCAUA